AUGCUUAUAAUAGCACUUUCGGCUCUUUGUUUCCACCUUGUCCUCUCCAAGAUUCAUCAUCUCACUUUACGGGGAGAUGCUCGUCGAAAUAUUCCUCUGACCAGCUUUGGUUAUGCCGAAGGUGGUACCUUUGAUCUCGUACUAAUCAACUUCACUGUUCCGGAAUCAAUUCUUGAAAAAGUUGACUCAAGAGAAAACGCUGAUAAAUCGGGCGUGAUCGGGUUCUCGUUGUCUCGAGGUAAUUCCAUCGCGUCGGGAGUCGGAUCUAAUCCUCAUGUUUGCCAGCUUCAGCAAACCGAUCAAGGUUUCGAUGCCCUCUUCUUCUUCGCAGAUCUUCCUCAAAAACGCUUGCGCGUGUUUCGGUCUGGGGCUGGAAAACGUAUUCAUCUCUGUCCAUCCCACGACGAAUGUGCCAAAGAUGCAAGUACCGUAGAACCAGUGAAAUAUGAUUCGGAUAACAAUCCAAUGCCAGCGCCUCCGGUGCGAACACGUCGCGAUGGGGAAGGAUGGCUAGAUAAGUUCAAACGAAUUCUUUCUGGUGGGGAUCCUGGGAAGCCAUAUGAAGAUUUCGUUCCUCUAGUGCAAAAGGAUCUGCUGUACUCUGCGAACAUAUCUAUCCGUUUUCCGUACGAUUUACGUGGAAAGUACCAUUUUAUCUAUCAUAAUUGUUUCAAUUAUCGUGCGCAUGGGUACAGUGAUCGAGUUGCUGUCGAUUUCACAGUAUGGAUUGUCGAACGUAAUGUUGGCUCGUUCCUUUCUGCUGGUGACAUACCAAAGCCACAGCUUUUCCUCUACGUUUCACUGGCUUUUGUUCUUUCUGCCGCCCUUUGGUGUAGACUUUUGUGUCUAUCCAGCCAUGCCAAUGUCUAUCGUGUACACGGUCUUAUGACGGCGCUGGUGCUUCUGAAAGCUGCAUCGUUGUUCUUCCAUGGUGUUAAUUUCUUUUUUGUCAGUAAAUAUGGACAACAGAGUGAAAUAUGGGCUGUGGUUUACUACAUUACUCACUUGCUGAAAGGCGCCUUGCUCUUCGGCACUAUCAUUCUAAUCGGUACGGGAUAUACGUUUUUCAAGAACUUCCUCACAGAGCGCGACAGGAAGGUUUUCAUGGUGGUUUUGCCUCUUCAGAUAGUCGACAAUAUCGCCAUGGUCAUACUGGAAGAAAGCGAGUUUGGUCAGCAGGGAUACCAGCUGUGGUUCGAGAUGUUCGUCUUCAUCGAUAUGAUUUGCUGCUUUCUAAUAAUAUUCCCUAUUAUCUGGUCCAUGCACCAUUUGUCCGAAGGUGCGCGAAGCGAUGGCAAAGCCGCGUUUAACCUUGAGAAACUUCGCCUCUUCCGUCAUUUCUAUAUGAUUGUCAUAUCAUAUGUGUAUCUGACGAGAGUUAUGAAAUUACUCUUACAGUAUGCGCUGCCGUUCGAUCAGGAGUGGAUCACUGAUGCCGUCGUUGAACUGUCCACCCUUGUAUUUUUCGUUCUCGUGGGUAUACUUUUCCGCCCUCAGCCGGCAAAUCCUUACCUGAAGCUGAACCAAGAUAUCGACGACUCGGAGGACAUCUCACUGACCCAGAAUGGCCUUUUGGAAGGCGUGGUCAAUCGUGGAUCAUCGAAUGGUCUGAUCGCUCCAGACAACGGUAACACCGAUCUGGAUUGCCCGACCAUCACAGUUGAGGAUAACUCGAGCUCGAAUGCGUCUCAGAUUGGAAGACGCCGUCCAACCGAUGGGGAUCGUAGCAGUGUGAGGUCAUCAGAAGAAGAUGCAAGUGGCUCUCCUGGAAAUGAUGACCGUGAACGCCUCAGAUUACUGCAAAAGAUAGAAUUAGCAAGGGAAAGAUUGAAACGUACCAGUCUUGAGAGGGAGCGUGAUGUAGAAGAGUUCCUGGUAAUGACCCAGGGAUCUGAAAGCCAAAAAGGUGCUGAUAACCCGCAAAUGGCACGUUUGAAGCAACAUUUCGAGAAGAAGAAUAAGCGGCACACCAAUGAGCUCGAGCAAUUGCAGAGAAAGCUUGCAAGUUACGAACAGCGCCUAGCUGAAAUUGAAAAUGGUAUCGAAUCUGGAAGUCGAGCUACUGUUAUGUCGACAGUCGGUCAAGGAAUUAGAAGAACUGGUGCGAAUUUGAAGGGAAUGACGGAAACCGUGAUGGCUGCACCUCUAGAAUUUGCUCAACGUCUUAAGAGUACCUUCGGAUCUGCUGAUAAUGUGAACGACCCUAGUGACGGAACACAUUCUGAUUUACGAAUAGGACAGUCGAAAUUUUACGCAAGCUCUGACUAUGGAAGCCCCCAUCAGGUGCUAGCGAGCAGGUUCUCUUCAAGAAAGUCGGAUUCCCUACCUCCCAACUCUUCCUUAGUGAAGUCGCCGACUCCAAUCAGGUCUCGAGAUGGUGAUACAUCAGAGCUGACUGAUCCAUUGUCGAAGAUCGAAUCUGAAGUGGUAGCUUGCCCUGUUUCUUCGAAUUCAUCGAUGCGAUUGUCGCCGUUAGCCCCCUUGCCUCCGUUUGCCCUUACUGCUGAAUCAGGUGAAAUGCCACGCCAACUGUUGGAGGAUCUUCGAGGUCUGCGGUAUCUUAUCACCAAAAUGGGCGAGCAGAUUAACCGGAUUGAGACUCGGUUGGAUUCUGAGUUAGCCUAUGUCACUCGAGCUCUUGAAGAGGAACGGGGAAAAUUUCUGAGAUUGGAAACAACUAUGAAUGAGACAAUUGAGUUGCAUCAAGCAGAGUUCCAGGCAUUGAAACAAGAGCAACAAGGCAUUGCUAAUCGGUUGGAUUAUCAAUAUAAUGAUCGAUUCAAAAGAGUUGAAGAAAGUGUGGAAUCGGUUGAGAAUCACGUAGUACGUAUGGAAAAUUCUAUCAAAGAUACGCUCGAUAUACGUCUCUCAGGUCCUGCUUGGGGCAAUGCUGUUUUUCUUUCCAGUGCCAAUAUUCUCGUUGAAUUCCUGAAAAUAGUUUUAUAUCUUGUUGCGACAGUUCUUGACCUCUUUUUGCCGUUUUUUGGAACAAGAAACAGAGCGGGUGUGUUUCUUUGUUGCCUCGUAGCUCUGCUCGUCAUGUGGCAAAACUUCAAUGUCUACAGCUUUAUUGUAGCGUUGUUUGUUAGGAAAAACAGCACGGACGUGAAUCAGUCUUCGACACCAAAUACCUAG